AUGCCAUCCAGCUCCAAAUCGCAUAAUUGUCAAGCCAUGCUAGCCAUUGCUUCAUUGGCACAAUCGACAACAACCGUUCCACCGCAACAUUUCGGUCAUCAUGACCAUUUGGCGACAACAAAAAUGACCAUGAAGCUUUUUGCUGAUAUUUCAAUGAUGUAA